CUGGGACUGAAAAUAGCGGCUGGUGUUGGUUUCCUAUAAGGGCUGGAGAUUUGGCUUUACGUUUUACUCGAAAAAAGCUUGCCUUAUCAUGCUUGGGAGAAGAUUUUCAUCAUUAAGAGCCGUAAAUUCCUUAAAGAAACCGUUUGUAGGGUGGCUUACUGGCUCAAGAGGAUUAGCAAGUCAAGUGAAUGAAGCCGAAUUUGAGCUAUCAGACUCUCCACUCCAUCUUUUAGAUAGUGGUCCUCCCAAAAAAGCUGUACUGACCAGAGAAGAUGGUCUACACUAUUACAAAGAGAUGCAGAUCAUUCGGAGAAUGGAGACAGCUGCUAGUACUUUAUAUAAGUCAAAAAUCAUCAGAGGUUUCUGUCAUUUGUACUCAGGGCAGGAAGCAUGCUGCAUUGGAAUGGAUGCUGCUAUGGACAAGAAUGACAGUCUGAUCACUGCUUAUCGUUGUCACGGUUGGACUUACUUGAAAGGAAUAUCAGUGAAAGAAAUACUCUGUGAAUUAGCUGGUCGUAAGACAGGUUGUUCUAAGGGGAAAGGAGGCUCUAUGCACAUGUAUGGUUAUGAGUAUUAUGGUGGAAAUGGAAUUGUUGGUGCACAGGUUCCACUGGGUGCAGGAAUUGCCUUAGCUCACCAGUACAGAGGAAAUGGACAAAUAUGUGUUACAUUAUAUGGUGAUGGUGCUGCAAAUCAGGGCCAGGUGUUUGAAACCUAUAACAUGGCUAAACUCUGGAAUCUGCCAUGCAUCUUUGUGUGUGAGAAUAAUGGAUAUGGCAUGGGUACAUCAGUUGAAAGAGCAGCUGCUACCACUGAAUACCACACAAGGGGAGACUUCAUUCCUGGAAUUAAAGUUGAUGGUAUGGAUGUUCUAACAGUGAGAGAGGUCACAAAAUUUGCUGCAGAUUAUGCACGAUCAGGAAAGGGUCCAAUUGUUUUGGAGCUGGCUACAUAUCGUUAUUAUGGGCACAGCAUGAGUGAUCCUGGCACAAGCUACCGGUCACGUGAUGAAGUACAGGCCGUACGUAAGACGCGUGAUCCAAUCCUAAGUUUGAGAGAAAAACUUCUGGACUCAGGGCUGGCAGACACCGAUGAAAUUAAGGGUAUCGAGCAGGAGGCCAAACAAUUGAUCGAAGAAGCUGUUAAAGCAGCCGAGAGCGAUCCUGACCCUCCUCUGGAUGAUCUCUAUUUGGACGUGUACGCGGAUGAUAACAUGGAAGGUCAUGUGAUUCGUGGAUGCGACAACUGGUCAAGGCACGCCACGAAUUAAAGACGAGCAAUGUAACGUUGUUGAAAUAUCUUUAAAGACUACGUAUAUCCGAAAUUUUGAUAUCUAACAUCGUUUGUAAAGUACUUGAUUUUAUUCUUCAACUGUGUGGGUGUGCCUGAGGUUUGAAAGCCUCGAAAGUGUCAUAUCUAAAAAAUGUUAGAAAUCUUAACGAGUUCGGCAUCUGUUGAACCAAGGUACAAAAUAAGCGGUGUUAUCGCAUUCUCAUAAACUUGUAAUAUCGAUCUGGAAGUUAUAUUUUGUCUUUGCCAUUCUUUGGCAUUCUUUAAAACAAAACACUGAACACAAAUUUUCACUGGAAAGCUUGUUGCAGGCUUGUUAAUCUUUAUUAAAGGGUAGGACUUGAAAGACAUUAUUUGAAACGAAAACUUACAUGAUUUUGUGGUUUAAAUAUCUGAAAAUGCAUGUAGGUAACCAAAUUUUGUGCCAAACGGUGUAAAGAGUGAUUCUGAUGUGCAAGAGAAAACUGCGAUCUAUGUCCUUUAAAGGAGUCAACUAAAAGGAGAAGGUUUAUUUUAGCUUACUUUCAACGACCAGUUGGCUGUCAAAAUCAUGAAUAAGAAGGUUUUUUUGACGGGAUUUGAAUCAGGAUGAAAUUAAAUAAAGGAAUCGUGUGUUUUAUUUA